GCCGGACAUCACUCGAUGUCAGAAAAAUUAGAAAAGUGAAAAUAAUAAAUAAUAUUUUUAACGAAAAUGAAGUUCACUCUCGUUCUUGUGAUCGCGUUAGGUGCCUUCGCUGCAGCCGAAGAAGAUAAUACAAUGGAAAUAGCUUUAAGCUUCGUCAAGGAUUGCAAAGGGGAUUACUUCUUGUGUGUUAAGGAAAAAAUGCUGAAAAUGGUCGAUAAUCUGAGGGCAUCUCGUAGAAUAACUAUAGCUGAAGGUGUCGUCUUGAAAGGGGAACCUGAUGUGCGAUCCCCCAAGAAACUGGACUCUUUACCUGUGGACCCAACAGCCAGAGAUGCUGAAGUCAACUACAGACUCAUGGACGGUGUCGUCAGCUUGUUUGAAACCCACGCUCUUGAGGUCAAGAUGAAUCCCGCUGAUAAAGAAACCGUUCAAAGAUCUUUGGAAGAAGGUCGCGGUAAAGGUGGAAAGAAGGGAGGCGGCGGUAUGGGAAUCAUCGGUCUUCUCGCCGCUAAGAUGCUCCUCGGAAAACUCUUCAUCGUCAAACUGAUCGCUCUGAAGGCCUUAGCUACCGCCAAGAUUGCCCUAGUCCUUGCUGUCAUCCUCUUCGUAGCCUGGUGUAUGAAACAUGACCAUACCAAGACGACAUACGAAGUUGUACCACACGCCCACCACCAUGAGUCUCAUCAUCCCGUUCAUGUGGAACAUCUUUCACAUGAUGCUGGCCACGGCCAUGGUUAUAGCUCAGGAUAUGGCUCUGACUGGAACAAGAACAUCGAUGAAGCGCAGAACUUAGCCUACGGUGCUUACUCUCAUCACAGAAAGUAAUUACCAAAAAAAAUUGUAACCUCAAUAACCUCUAUUGUACAAAGAUUUAUUUAUUUAAUUUAUUUAACUUAUUGUUAUUAACUUAUUGCUCUAUAUCGUAAAUAAAUGUUCUUUUGAGUUUUA